GUAACAAUUUAAUUAUGUAUCACGAAUAAAUACAAGAAGCUAACCAAUUUCAUCCAAUAUAAAUACAGUAUCUGGAAAAGUUGAAUGGAAUUCAAUGAGGGAAAAACAUUCAUUCAGUCUAAUAAAUGGCAAAGUCAGUGGCAUUGCUUAUGAUUAUGGCUAUAUGCUAUUUGAAAGCUAUAGCAAGUUCACAGGUGAACAUCUUUUUGCUAGCUGGACAGAGCAACAUGUCUGGCCUAGGAGGUGUCGUGAUGAACAUAUGGGAUGGUAUUGUUCCGCCUGAGUGUAGUCCUAAUCCGGCCAUCCUCAAACUUGGUGCCAAUCUGCAGUGGGUGGAGGCAUCUGAACCUUUACAUGCAGAUAUAGACGUGAAUGUUACUUGUGGGAUUGGUCCAGGUAUGCCCUUCGCAAAUUCUUUAUUGAAUAAGACAUCGAGUCUUGGGAUAGUAGGAUUGGUACCUUGUGCGAUGGCAGGGAACAGAAUAAGCCAAUGGCAGAAGGGGACGUUCCUUUACAAUCAACUGGUGAAGAGAACCAAGGCUGUUACCCUGCAAGAAUUUGGGGUAAUUAGAGCUAUGCUUUGGUAUCAAGGGGAGAGUGAUACGGUGAGACCGAGUGAUGCAAAUACUUAUAAAGGAAAAAUGCAGCAAUUUUUCACUGAUUUGAGAAGUGAUAUUGGGAUGCCUGAGCUUUUGAUUAUCCAGGUGGCUCUAGCUUCAGGAUUGAAUUACACAGAGACAGUAAGAGAAGCACAGUUAUAUCCUGACCUUGCUAAUGUAGUAACUGUUGAUGCCAAGGGCUUGCAGUUGCAUAACGACAAUUUACACCUUACUGCUUCUUCCCAAGUCCUCCUAGGCCACAUGAUGGCUCACGCUUUCCUUCAGAGAAUAUCAAACACAUCCUCACUUAUUGGUAGCCAAUACUGAGAGAAUAUUCCAAUUACUUCCUCAACUUGUGCAGUCAAUGUAAACAUUCAAAAAGGAAAAAUGU